AUGACAUACAGGAUUGAAACAAUGCCAGGUCUUGGAUGGUAAGUAUGGUAACCAUGGAAACCAUCAAACGCAGGAAUGUUGUCAGUUACAGACUGUUCACAGUCCCCUAUUUUUCCGUGAGAUCGUCGAGAUGUAUCGCGUCCUACCAUUAAUGGCGGCCGUCUUGAUUUUCAAACAGUAGUUUUGACACUCAUGCAAGAUGGCAGCCCGUAACGCAAAGCGCCCGAUCUCGACGAUCUCUUACGGGAUAAUAGGGGAUGGACUGUGAACAAUCUGUGUCAGUUAAUUUGUGUCUCAUAUUUGAGUCGUCGCGUGACGUCAUAUCCGUCAUGUUGGUGUCCCAAAAAAAUCUUGUGAGAGUUGAACUCUUUUCUAAUCUAAAAACUUUCUUUUGCUCCGAUAAAACUGCAUUGCUGCUGAUUACACUUUAAUCAGCAUUCAUUCAUUCAUUCCUUACUGCUGACCACGUGAGUGAAAACGCUCUUUAAAAUUAAAUCAUACAAUGGAAAAAUGAAGGGGUAACAAGAGAUGAAAAUUGACAAAACUGCGCUACCAACACAAUUCGCGGAGGCGCCGUGCUGAAAACCAAAAAACAUGGCCGUUGGGGAAGGUUGUUUUUAUAUGCCCUAUGAGCCUUCAGAGGACGUCAAAUAUAUGGCAAAACAACCAUUGUCUUUUAUUUUCUUUAAUCGUAUAGCCUUAAUCUCGUUUUUUGAAGUAAUGCUGACAUUAAACUUGCUUAUAUUCCAGGGUGCUUAGUCGAAAAAUCUACAAAGGUGAACUGGAGUCAAAGUGGCCUGCCCCUGAUGUGUUCUGGGAUUGGGACAUGUGGAUGAGAAUGCCCAAACAAAGAAAAGACCGUGAAUGUAUAAUCCCAGACAUUUCUCGUACCUACCAUUUUGGCGCCAAGGGUCUGAAUGUGGGCCCGGCCAUGAAUGAAGCUUAUUUUAAACGACAUGCGUUUAAUACUCAACCAAGUGUUAAGAUAAACGCUGAUAUCAUGUACAAGGAAAAAUAUGAAGAGGAGCUACACCGACUGAUAAGGUAUCAUUGCUAAAAGAUUCUGGAAAAUUGCCUGCCUACCCCUCGCCUGACCAAAUAUUUUGGGCGAUCCCGCACCUGUUUGAAAGAUUGUCUUUGAUUAGCUGGGAAAACAAUAGGGAUUGUCACGUAACAAUGGCUCUAUCUCUAAAAACAAUGAGGUUUAGAACGGUGCAGGUCUACUGAAUAUUUUGCCCUAAAUGAAAAGUUGGUCUUAACUUUGGGUAGGAAUCCAUUAAAAGGAGCGAACAAACAUGUCACGGAGUUAACACAGACCGGUUUAUUUUUGUGUUAGACACAUUUUAAGGACCUUUUCCACCCUAAUAUGGAGCGCAUUCAAAGUGUAAAAACUUAAAAAAAGAAAAUCUGAAAGAAAUUAAAUAGAAAUUUUACAGGGCAAGCACGUGUUGCUCGAUUUGUGAUUUUUUCGCAGGCCUAGUGUAGUUCGGUCAAGCUUUUCGCUAGGUUUGUUUCGUCUUUUUUGUCUGGUAUUGUUAUUUUUCUUAAGUUUUGAAAUCGUUGAGUUUUGUCAUAUCGUCGAAACAGUCCUGAACACCCUAAGUGAGUCCAAAAUUGACGCUUACCAAAGAUUCCAUCUUACGCCUUGAUUUGUAGUAACCAGAAUUGAAAAAAAGCCUCACAAUACAACUACAUCCUUCCAGACGUUCACAUUUGAACUGAGAACUAAUUAUCUCUAUUUUCGUUUUUUCUCUCCCCUCAGUCAAGCCGAACUUUUAGAUCACUCCAGGACUCCUUGUACAAAUCCCAAAGACUUUGUACCCGAUACACAAAACAAGAUUUACCUGUUCUACAUCCGCAUGGACCGCCCUAACGACUAUACGACGUGGAUAAACGUUGCGCGAUGUUUUAGAAUCUGGGAUCUAGACGCUCGU